AAAAAAAAAAAAAAAAAAAAAAAAAAAAUACAAAUGUCUAGACGUGAUUCUAAUCUAGAUUUACCAGCACUUUCUGCUGAUGAAUCAAUACAUUCAAGUGGAAAUAUGACAGACACAUCUAUUAAUGACAAUAAAAAUUUAUUACAGCCUACUUCACAGCCACUAAAACCAUAUGCACAACAUUUAAAUUCUCAUAAUCAGCAACAGCAACACCCUUCAUUUAUGGAUCAAUCAUUUUUAUAUAAUCUUGACCAAAUCUCCUCUAAUAAUUCCUUAUUUUAUAUGCAACCUCAACAAUCUCAGCAUCCACCACAUCAACAGCAGCAGCAACAACAACAACAGCAGCAUUUACAAGUACAAAAUUCAUUAUUUGGUGAUCAAUUUCUUGAAAAAGCGACAAAUGAUAAUCCUGAAUCAGCAUUACAAAAUAAUACCAAUGGAUCUAUGAAUGCAUCUACUUCUACUUUAGCUCAAUCAAUAGCUACUAAUAUUGAAUCUUUUCAAGCAGCUGUUACGACAUCUGUUGGAGAACAACCUCCUUCAUUUUGGACGGGCUUAAAUAAUUUUAUUUCUAAUGUGACGCAUACUAGCCUAUUCCCAACCUUUCCAAACAUUGCACGGAGUUUUACUGAAUAUCUUGCUAAUCAUCCAGUGCCAUUUUUAAGUUCCUUCCUACAGCGUCACCUAUACCAUCAAAUAUGCCUUCAUCUUCUAUAGAAUAUGAUCCGUUACUACAGUUUAAACAAGAAAAUGAUCAUUCAAAAACAGGUCUACAAAUUAGAGUGUUGGGUGUACCUCAAACCGGUGCAAAAUCUAGAGUCGAAACACAAAUUAAAUUAUGUAUACAAUUAGUAACAAAUGGAGGCGAUAAAGCUCAAUGGUGGUCACAUUUGAAAUUACCAGAACAUAUGGUGACUAAAGAUAAAUUAAAGAAAUCUGGUAUAAAUCGAUUCAAUAAUAGUACAGCAUCAGAUACUGGAUUGCCUAUAAACCCCGAAAAGCUCCUAUAUCUA